AUGUCCACACCGCCGUCUACCUCCUCUUCUCCCUCAGCCACGCUCCGCGGGAGGCGGAAGCUUCCUUCGUGGAUUCCUACUUUCAUCGGACGCGGCAUUCUGCGAGACAUCCGGGCUCGUGCGCCCUACUACGCCUCUGACUGGAAAGAUGCGUGGAACUAUAGAGUGAUACCGGCCAUAGUGCUUAUAUUCUUCGCCAACGUCCUCCCCGGAAUCGCCUUCUCCCUGGACCUCAUAGAGACGACCCAGCAAUAUGGGGUCACCGAAGUGCUGCUCUCUUCCUUCAUGGCUGCCUUUAUUUUCUCCAUUUUCGGAGCGCAACCUCUCUGCAUUGCUGGUGUCACCGGCCCCAUCACCGUGCUCAACAAAACGAUUUUCGACAUCAUAGAACGUCAACCGGAUGCCCCCAACUAUCUCCAGUUUGUUGGAUGGGUGUACAUGUGGGGAGCAAUACUCCAUUGGAUCACGGCAGCCCUGAACUGGUGCAACUUCCUGAAAUACGUCACCUUGUUCUCAUGCGACACGUUCGGAUUCUACGUCUCAUGGGUCUACCUCCAGUACGGCAUCCAAGUCAUUACGCGGCAAUAUCCCUCUGGCGGCGAUCUAGUGGUGGAGUCUUCAGGUGGAACACUAGACGGCGCUUUCGUCGGCACCAUGCUCGCCCUCCUCAUGACCGUUACGGCCUUCCUCUUCCGGGGCCUCUCCGAAUCGGCAUACUUCCACAGACACGUGCGGCGUUUCUUUGCAGACUAUGGAAUGCCAAUCUCCCUCGUCGCCUCGUCCGCCAUGGCAUACUGGGGACGUUUCAACGCCGCCAACCCCACAACGCUCCCCACAGGUCACGCGUUUCUGCCCGUACAAGACCGCCCGUGGCUGGUCAAGUUUUGGGAGCUCGAUGGAAAGUGGGUUGGGAUCGCGUUCCCUUUCGGGUUCGUUCUCUGGGUGCUGUUCUUUUUCGACCACAAUGUUUCGUCGUUGAUGGCUCAAGGGACAAGCUUCCCGCUGCGCAAGCCUCCGGGGUUCCAUCACGACUUCUUUCUUCUGGGUAUCACGACAUUCCUCGCAGGAGUACUUGGAGUACCAGCACCGAAUGGCUUGAUCCCCCAAGCGCCCAUCCACACCACUUCCCUGCUCGUCAUGGGCCGCCCAUUCAAAGACGACGUCGAAACCACCGAGACAGACACAAAGGAGAAACGCAAUGUCUCUGCGAAGGACAAGGCUGACGCCGACGCGACUCGUGCGCCGAGUGAAGCGGGGUCACGGAAAGCUAGAGAAGCCUCACAGUUUGAACCUGACCCUUCUCAAAUACGCGACGGACUGGGCGAUCUACGACAACACGAGGUGCCUGUUGCCGUCGUAGAGCAGCGCGUCUCGAACCUCGCUCAGGGCGCGUUGUGCCUCGUCCUUCUCACCGGACCUUUCCUACAUGUCCUCAACCUCAUCCCGCGCGGUGUGCUUGCCGGCCUCUUCUGGUACAUGGGUGUCGACGCCCUCCAAGGCAACGGCAUCACGCGCAAGCUCCUCUAUUUCCUGCGCGACAAGGCGCUCACACCCGCAGACGAGCCGCUCCGCAAAGUCCGCAAGUCGAGGAUCCUGCUCUUCGUCGCAGUCCAGCUCGUGGGCUUCGGGGCCACGAUGGCGAUUACUCAGACGAUCGCCGCCAUCGGCUUUCCGAUAGUGAUCUUCUUGUUGGUACCAGUCCGGACGUACCUCGUCCCUCUCUUGCCCUUCACGGACGAGGAGCUCGCGAUACUGGAUGGGCCUACAGCAUCCCCAUUUACGAUGGAGUCUGUGGGUGGUAUGCGGACAUAG